CUGAGUGAGCAGAGGAAAUAUCCUGCAUGUAUGUUCUCUUCUGCUUCUGCAUCAGCUGAUCUUCAACUCUGAGUCAGUUUACUGUGAAUAACGCCGGACGACUGAAGCCACUGCGUAUUCUUUAAAGGCACCUCAAGAGAGGAGAUUUUAGACAAUAUAGUGCUUUUCUGAGGCUUUUGGCUUAACAUCCCAUUAAGUUUCUCUUUGGGACACUCGGCACAUAUGGGUUUCUGUUGGCGUAGCCAUCAAGCAUGAAGUGGAAUUUGUUAAAGAAGAAACCUGCGGCCAUGGUUGGCCCCGAGCCCACCGGUGCCAGUGUCCUGACAAUGGCCCCAGUUGUUUCUACACCUGCAGACAACUCCACCGAGAAUCAGGGCCCAGUCAGCAAGAAUGAUGUCUUUGGUGACAUCAAAAACAAGUUCCUCAAUGAGAUGGACAAGCUUCCACUGCCUCCCUGGGCCAUCAUCGCCAUCGCCAUCGUAGCUGUGGUCCUCAUUCUCACCUGCUGUUUCUGCAUCGUUAAAAAGACCUGCCUUAAGAAGAAAAAAAACAAGAAGGGAAAGAAAGGGAAGGGAGAGAUGGGCAUGAAGAACAUGAAGGGAGGAGAGAAACAGGAAGAUGAUGAUGAUGAAGAAGAUAUAGACAUGGGAUUAACUGAAGAGAAAGAGGAGGAGCCUAAAGAGAAGGAGAAGCUUGGAAAACUGCAGUUCUCCCUAGACUAUGACUUCUCAGACAACAAGCUGACAGUGGGCAUCCUGCAAGCUGCAGAUCUUCUCUCCAUGGACAGUGGCGGCACCUCCGACCCGUACGUCAGAGUUUUCAUUCUCCCAGACAAGAAGAAGAAGUAUGACACCAAGGUGCACAAGAAAACCCUUAACCCUACCUUCAACGAGACUUUCAACUUUAAGAUUGCGUUCAAUGAAAUGGGAGGAAAGACUCUGGUCAUGUCUGUGUACGACUUUGACCGUUUCUCGAAGCACGACGUGAUCGGUGAGGUGAAGAUUCCCAUGAACACCCUGGACCUGGCACAACCCAUCGAGCAAUGGAGAGACCUGGACAGCGCAGAGAAAGAAGAGCCUGAAAAGCUUGGAGAUAUCUGCAUCUCUCUGCGCUAUGUACCUACAGCUGGAAAACUCACCAUCUGUAUCCUAGAGGCGAAGAACCUAAAAAAGAUGGAUGUUGGGGGACUCUCAGAUCCCUAUGUGAAGAUUCAUCUUCUGCAAAAUGGGAAGCGACUGAAGAAGAAGAAGACGACUGUGAAGAAGAACACGCUGAACCCGUACUACAACGAGUCCUUCAGCUUUGAGAUCCCACAAGACCAGAUGCAGAAAAUACAAGCUGUGGUCACGGUGCUCGACUACGAUAAGAUCGGCAAGAACGACGCCAUCGGGAAGAUCUGGGUGGGAAGCAAAGCGCAGGGAACUGAGCUUCGGCACUGGUCCGACAUGCUGGCAAACCCACGCAGGCCCGUCGCUCAGUGGCAUCCACUCAAACCUGAGGAGGAGGUGGAUGCCACGUUAGCAGCCCUCACUGCCAAGAAGUAAUCCUGUUCUUCUUCCUUCCCUCAUUCCCUCUCUCCUUUACCUCCUACAUUUCUUUCUUCCACUUUUCAACAUGCACUACAUGUCAUCUUACCAAGUCAGCACCGAAUUACAGCCAUGGGCCACCAGCCUAAAGGUAUUAAAGAAGACGAUUCGGCCUCAUCAACUGCUAAAAUGAGAUAGUGGAUCAGGGUGUGAUGAGCGAGACUGUUUCCACAGAAGUUUUUGAAGACAGGCCAAGCUCAUAGGCCUGUGUAUCCUUGAGGUUUAUUCACAGAAGAGAUGUAAGCUCACAUUCACACCCAUAUAUCCAACAGAUCAAAAGCAUUCCAAAGUUUUCCAUCGGGGACCAGGGAUAGAAAACACUGCCUCUUCCACUGCCUAAUUUAACACAUUCCUUCUAGAUUCGCUGGUCAUCUAGAUGAAAUCAGUUGUUACGUUUGUUGAGUCUGAAAGGACAGUUGAAGAAUGGUUUAAAGUAAAGUGAAAAAAAAAAAACUAGAGGAAAUGGGGACUGGAGAGAUAGUUGGACUAGAUGCUCCUGACCCAACCAGACGGUAUAUUUCAGGUGUCGAUUACACUGCCUGCAAAACAACCUCUUCUUCCAUUCUUUGGUUCCAGCUGUCAGCUGGGUUCUUCCACUGCCCAACAUCCUAACAAACCCUGACAAAAAGGAGACAAGCCUUGAAACAUCACGAAAUAAGCAAUUCUUAGCUUCCAGGGACGUCUUCCUGUUAGCAUCGGUAUAUUUGUUUCUUUGUGUUGAUUUCUUGUAGAUGUCUUCUGCCUGAGCACUUUAAACGAAGGUGUGUUUUUGUUCCAGUCAAUGCUUCGGUUUUAAUCUGCUUUUAUUUGUACCUGCAUUCUGGAGUUUUCGUGUGUUUUUUGAUGUUCUGAACCCACUCAUUAAAGGAAUAGUUCACCAAAAGAAAUUUAAAUUAAGUCAUCAUUUACUCGCUUGCCUUUCUUGCGGCAGUGGAACACAAAAGGAGAUGUUUCAC